ACCAUGAGACUCAUCUUUCAAGCAUAUUCAAUGAUCUUCAUACUAGGCAACAUGGUGGCUUCUCUGUCACAAUCAUCUGGUGGGGAAGAUGCCAUCAACACCACAAUAAUCAACUUCAAUAAUGAGAAGAUGCAGAUCACAUGGGCAACAAGAGAGCUUUUUCCCAAUGAGAAUGUGUCAUUUUUUUACACAUUUGGUGAAGGCAAGAAGAAAGUUUGGAAGCCAUGUACCACCUAUUUAUUGGAUCAAGAUUAUAAUUCUGGCUGUCUUUUUAAGACCGAAGGACCUACCCUUACCAUUUCUAUCAGGAACAGCAACGGAAGUAAUGUUUUUACUAAAAAUCUAAAAGCUGAUUUUUACAUAAAGCCCAGUCCACCAGAAAAUGUGACCUUCUUCUGGAAAGAGGACACUGUUACUGUAAGCUGUAAUAAACCUGAGAGAAAUGCAUGGUGCUUGAGAUUUGAGCUUCAGUACAAAAGCAAGUUUGACAAAGAGUGGCAAUCCAGAACUUCCAAGUGCUGCAGUAUUGGAGAGCAAGGCUUCGAUCCCAGGAAGUGCUACUCUUUCCGGGUCCGACUGAAGAGGCUGGUACCACACUGCAACGUGGUUAAAUACAGCAGCGACUGGGCAGCUGAAACAUUUUGGAUGAAUGGCAUGUUAUUAGAUUCAUGUGAUGAUGAUACAACUCCUCAGUCAAGGACAGUAAUUAUUUUAAGUUGUUCGCUGGCAGUACUCUUAAUGAUGCUUAUCCUCCUGAUUCUUCUGUGUAAGUGGCAGAGGGUUCAGAUGUCAGUCCUGCCUGCUAUACCAGACCCAAAAUACCCAUUAGCUGAUCUCUUCAAUGAUCAUAACGGAAACUUACAGGAAUGGCUAGACAAAAAUGACCACGUGGUGUUGCAAACCAAGCUGGAAUAUGAAGAACCAGAGUCCAUCACUGAGGCAGAAAGCCAGCAAGAAGAUGGGAAGAACAGUGACAAACAGGGGCCUUUGGAAAAAAUAUUCACUUUUUCAGGAACAGCUGAAAAUAAUGAUGGCAAAGCAGCUGAGAUUGCCUGCCUGAUACCAGCACCCAACACUACAGCUCCUAUUGCUGGUUUCCAUAUUAUAAUGAAUGAUGACAUGUAUGUGAUGUUAUAA